AUGACUACUUCGCUUCCAGCAAGUUCGGGUAGGAAAAAACCUUUUAUAAUACAUAAGCAAGCACGUGAAAUGGCGAGAAAUGUCCUACAGAUGUGUGUUGAAGAGAAAAAAGAGAAUAAAUUCACUUUUCCCGUUAACAAUGCUUUAGAUCGAGCGGCCCGUUACACUGGACUUACUAAAAGAACAUUGUCUAGAAUUCAAACAGAAGCAAAAAAUGGACCUCUUCAUUCGCCUUCUAAAAAAAGGGAAAUCGUGUAA